GCUGUUGCUCCUCCGCCGACCCAAUAAUGAAGCUCUAUGUUCAAAAUGCGGAAAUACAGAAGGCAAAGAGGAUAAUGCGGACGUCUACAAAAGUCAGGUUUUUGAUGAUUUGACAAAUGUAAAAUGUACAGUGGACUCUUGCCGCCGGGUCUCACUGAAUCUGACCUGAGCUCUGAUGAUGCUGAUGAAGGGGAAGCAGCAGAAAACAGACAAGACGAGCAGCUCUCACGGCAGUCAGACACAGAGACACAUUCAGCGUGUGCUCAGGUUGAAUGUAAUAACACAAAAACUGGUUUGCACAAUGAUGCAUUUGGGGAUGAGUGUCUUCCUGGAGUUUCCUUGGAUAAGUGGCAAAAGUUCAAAGAGCUCCAGAAAGCAAAAGAUGAUCAGAGAAUGAAGGAACCACAAACAAAGCGGAAAAGGCGCCACAAGAAAGGUCAUUAUAACAAGUUUUCUUCUCAUUACCUACCCAUGCUCUUCUACUUUCAGUCAGGCCUGGAAAAGAGCAUAGAGAGUGCCAUUGCUGAAGGGGACUGUGGGAAGGCGGAAGAACUGAGUGACAGACUUGCUACUCGAGAGCUGGCCGUGAAAAUCGCACAAGCCGCCGAUUGCCGUGACUUCACCCGCACCAAACAGGAAGCGGAGGCUUCCAGGGCAGCCCGAAAAAGGAGGAAGCAAAUCGCUUGGGGGUUUGAAGCAAAGAAAAGAUGGGAAACCAAAAGCAAUAUGGGAUUCAUGUGACAUUCACUGCAGUUGAUGAGUAAAGAUUUGGCAUGUUGAUAAUUGUUUAUAGAGGUAAUCUUUUUAUAAUACAGUAUUAUUGCAUUCAAAUUUCCUGUUUUGUCAUUUAACAUUUUAUUUCUUUCUGAAUCAGUUUUUUGGUCAAUCGUUCAGAUUUGUGGGUCAUUUUUUUAUGUAGCUAAAUAAAUUCCAUAAGCAUACCAUUAUUGUUAGAUUGGUCGUUAUUGUAUGUAUUUUCAUUUUUUUUCCCUCAUAAU